AUGCGGCGGGCAGGCCGAAUCUGGCGAUACAGGCCUGCUGAGUUAAGCCUUCAACGACGCUCGAAGCUCAACGGCCAUUCCCACCCUGUGGAACACUUCGACAUCUUCUUUUCACACACUUGGCUGACCCCCGGACGAUGGAAAGUUCUUUCCUUGCUUCUCCAAAGGGGCUGCACUUUCAUGUUGCUUGCUUGGUGCUUUGGUAUUGCGCUCUCCUUCCUCCUUUGCAUGUUUGACAUACUUCCUCUCUUGGCGAGCUGGCAGAGUCUUGCGAUAUCUUUCCACGCGGACACCGCAGUCGGAUGUUGGCUGAUGGUCUUCGGUGCCAUCUUUGCCCUGGGAGGUUUUCUUACCGCUCCAUGCUUGUCGCCUGGGUGGUCAGAUAUCUGCUUUCUUGAUGUUGCCUGCAUUCAUCAGACAGACGAAGCGGAGAUGCAACAGGGGAUUAACAACAUCGGAUCCUUUCUCAGUGCAUCAUCGCAGUUGCACGUUCUUUGGAGCGGACCAUACCUGACACGUCUUUGGUGCAUCUUCGAAAUUGCGGCAUACCGCAAGCUCAACCCAACCGGAAAGAUUGUGAUAUCAACGUUGAGGAGGUACUUUGCCAAAUCUACAUAUGGACGCACUGCUUCAGCGCUGUAUACUGGUACCAUAGGCAGAUUCCGCCAAGAGGUCCUGGGCAUUGUGAAGCCCUGUGGCUUCACACUUCCCUACAUCUUCCUCGGCACGACGCCCAUCAACGCAUUGUGUUUAGAGGGCUUCCUUGCCCUCUGCAAAGGCGGAGCACCGGCGGAGAGUAUCCUGUCCUACUUCGUGAGUGUGGUGGUAGGAAACAACAUGCUUUGGCUUCCAGCCAGUAUGGUCUUUCUGGAUUUUGUGAGCAAGCGCAUCGUGAGUCCAAGUGGAGGAUGGACCGGGCACCUUCAGACAUUGAUGAUCUUUCUGGUGAUGUCGGCUUUAACCGUGGUGGGAGCCAUGUGUGCAGUUGGUGCCUAUACUGGAAGUGUUUGGUUGGUAUUUCUCUGGAUCGGCUGCGCAGGCAUUUUUGCAAGCAUCGUCUGGUAUAGAUGCUGGCACCAGUGA